AUGGGCAGUAAUUGCGCAUGCUACCGCUCUACUCCAGACUCAGAUUUACUUAAUCUUCGGCACUCCUUAAAAGACCCAACUGCCUAUCCAUAUAGCUGUAGCAAUAUGAAUAAAUCUAUAUCGCACUUGGUAGACCUAGUUUACCAACAAAAACAAACCGAUUUAUCUACAAUAAAUUUAAGCUAUAAAGAAAUUAACGAAGAAAAUACCUCCUUUUUAUCUGUGGUCUUGCCUUACUAUUACCACCUGCACAAAUUAAUCCUAAAUUCGGCGUUUACAGGAAAUGAGGUAUGAGAAAUUCUAGCAGAUCCGUUAAAAGACUUAAUCCCCUUUCCCUUGAUUCUCAAGUCAGAGCAUUAAAAAAAAUCUUUUAUUUGGAUAUUAAGCCUUUCGUUCGAAGUACAGUUUUUCUAAUAUAAUUAUUUUUUCAAAUAAUUUUUUGGUGUAUGAUUAAUGAUAACUAUGAUAAAAUCCUAGUUAAUUCUUAAAUUUAAGACGCAAAGCAUUCUAAAAUAUAAAUUUAUAAAUUAAUUAAAAAUAAUAUUUCCUAAUGUAAAUUUUUUACAUUUUUUAUAUAAAAAUUUCCGUUGUUUAAGAAAAAUCUUGAUCUAGCCAAAAGGGAGUUAACUAAUCUCAAAGAGCUUGAAUUAAGCUUUAAUAGCAUAGGCACUGAAGGUGCAAAAAGGGUGGCUGAAGCACUAGAUUCUAUGUAUUCCUUAGAAAGACUACUAAUUCAAAAUGCAAGUUUAGGAGAUGAAGGGAUUAAAUAUAUUGCAACUGGACUUUAUGGAUUAAAAGCUCUUCAAGUAUUACAUUUAGGAGAAAAUAUGAUAGGAGACCUGGGUGCUGCAUCUUUGGGGAAUACACUAGCUUCAUUAUCAUCUUUACUCUCAUUUCAAAUUGUAAUCAAAAAUAUCUUUAAAUUUAAUUAAAAGAGAAGUUAAUUUUUUUAAAAUAUUAUAUAAAUUUUCAUAAUAAAAUAUAAAAUGAAUUCAAUAUUUUGAAUAACAAUUUAAGAAUAUAUUCAUAAAAUUAACUGAUUCAGGUGCCAACAGAUUCUAACUUCACGAUCUCUAUUAAAUUGGAUCAAAACUGAAAUAUAAAAAUAUUAUUUUCGCCUCAUAAUUGUAUAUUGAAAAAUUCCAGUUUAAAUAGGAGUUAAUUUACCUGAAGCAUGAAAAAUUUUGAUAUAUAUUUUUUUAUGAAUUUAAAAGGGGAGCUAGCAGUUUUAGAUCUCGAGAAAAAUGAAAUUGGAAUUGACGGGACUCGGUCAAUUGCAGCAGGAAUUAAAGGCCUUUUAGGCUUAAAAACGCUUAAACUAAGCGAAAACAAUAUCCAAUCUGAAGGCUUGCUCCCACUUGCUCAAGCUUUUCCUUCUUCAUUAAGCGAGCUAUACCUUGACACCAACAGCAUCACAAAAUCAGGCAUAAUGUGCCUUGCAAAAGAGCUCCCAAGACUCACAAUGCUUAAAAUUUUUUCUCUCAACCACAACUACAUCGAAGACGAAGGCGCCAAAAUUCUUAUGGUCUCUUUGCAGCACGUCGAACUAAAUAUCUUAGGCCUCGUUGACUGUGGAGUCCUCCGAGGCCGCAGCUCUUUUACAUCAGCCCAGCCAACUGCAGACAUCCUUUUCUAA